GUUGACUUGACAAAGAGUGCUAUCCGAAGCACCAUGACCGCUAUGGCCUUCGCCCGUCUUGGUGUUCGCUUGCAUGCUCCACGUGCCCCAAAGCGGUGGGCUCGGUGCUUUAGUGUGCAGGUUGCGCUGCUUGCGCUGGUUGCUCUUUGCGCGCCGGUUUGCCCAUCGACUUUGCAUGUGCAGGUGGACCCACAGUAUCCAGGGACUGCGCUCGAGCGCUUGCAGGGCAUUCACUUCCGCGUGAAAACGCUCAGCACUGAAGAGCUUAGUGGUGAAUGGCAGGAGGUGCGAAGGCGUUUGCUUUGGGCUGGUGGUCUGAGAGAUCUGCCAGAUGUACCUCCUGGACGUGGCUGCACUGCGCAUUCCUUCAAUGAUGACACCCAUUGUGACCUGACUGCCAUGCUUGGUGACGUGGCGCACAAUCAAAACGAUGGCAAUAUUCAGGGCAUUGCCACUGGCAACCUUCUUGGGCCUGGCAUCCAGGUCGCUUCGCUCCCAGAGUUGGGCCCUGGUGGCUCCUGGAGCACCUGCAUGAAUGGCUGCCAUUUGGAACCUCCACAAGAUGUGGCCCAUGUGCAAUUUCGAUCAAGGGUGGCAUUCAAGUUGGUUUGGUGUCCGCCGGCUUUCAAGAAGUUUGUGCUGGUGGAUGAUGAUGGGAACUACUUGGCGCAUGGUGAGCCCAGCGGCGAGUUGCCCCAUGAGAUCUGGAGGAAGAGCAACUACGAGCUUGUCAAAGGUGGGCGAAUCUUGGAAUUGGUUCUGGUGGUCACUUUGAAGUUGGUCUGGUUGUUGCCAUUGCGGAGUGUGUCCUAUUCUCGCAAACUGUCUUGUUCAAGGAUAUGCUCGCGUAGCCGAAAGCUAUGGCAAUGA